AACCAGCGUCCGGAGGAACACUAGGGUUUCACCUCUCCCAGCCCCGCGGCGGCGCAACUGAAAAUGGUGAAAUUUCUGAAGCCGAACAAGGCCGUCAUCAUCCUCCAGGGCCGAUACGCCGGGAAGAAGGCGGUCAUCGUGAAGUCCUUUGAAGAAGGCACUCACGAGCGCCGCUACGGCCACUGCCUCGUCGCCGGAAUCUCCAAGUACCCGAGCAAGAUCAUCCGCAAGGACUCGGCGAAGAAGCAGGCGAAGAAGUCGCGCGUGAAGGCUUUCGUCAAGGUCGUCAACUACAACCACAUUAUGCCGACGCGAUACACUCUGGACGUGGAUCUGAAGGACGUUAUCACUCCGGAUUGCCUCCAGUCGCGCCAUAAGAGAGUCACCGCCGCCAAGGAGGCCAAGUCUCGGCUAGAAGAGCGGUUCAAAUCUGGGAAGAACAGGUGGUUCUUCUCCAAACUCAGGUUCUGAGUAGAUCUCCGCGCAAAUACUCUCUCCGAUUUGAUUUUUUUCUCACCUUUUUUAUCUGCCGAUGUAUGCAUUGAACUGAGUUUAAUCUAAUUAAAGCUCUUAUCCCUACGCCGUACGAUUGAGAUUUUUUUGGCUAAUCUGCUCCUUAAUCAUUGCUAAUUGUUCUUAUUUUUUGCUUUCAUCAUCUGAGCUCUAUAGUUAUCCAGGUUCUCUUUCAUUCAUCACUGAGUCAUGAUUAAUUUGAAUCGAGUUGCUUUCUCAGGCGUUGCGUGCAUUGUUGAUUCAGUGCAAUCUACGUGUCAAUGAAAGCAUAAAUCAAUUCAAUAUGCCCAAUCCCCCAUUGAUCUAAUCAUCUAUGAACAAACCCUAAUUUGAUUCGGUUUGUUUAGUGAGGGGAUUGGAAUAACUAUGUUUGUUUACCCCUUAAAUGGAAUAUUUGGUUGAUUAUUGCGUUGCUUCAUAUGGUGAAUCCCUUCUUGACAUUUGUGAGGGGUGUUCUAGUUUCCGAAGCAUAGAUCAAAUGGAAGUUCAUAACAGCACUGUGCUUUUCUCAUCGCACUUUGCUACCUGUCUCCUUCUACAGCUUUUGACCAUUGUGUAUAGAUACUCUGUAUUUUUUAAGGAUUCCUGUGCCAUUAUAUGUUUGGAAAUGGCUUCCCUUUGGAAGAUUAAUACGGAUUGUGUUAGUCCCAUUGUAAAGAGAAUCAAAGGUUUGAUACUCU